AUGUAACAAAUAUAAAUACAAACUGCCACUCAAGACAAAGCUGCAUACGCUCGAAAUGCAUAAAAAAUUAUUGAUUAACUCAAAGCUAAUGAUCUUGAAUUAAUUGAUGCAACUCUUGAAUAUGCUCUCCAAGUUUUUAAUUCAAAUGAACCACCCUUAAGGAAAUUAUUAAUCUUGAGAGUAUUAUCAAUCAUAUCUUAGUUAAUCAAAGAUGCAAUCGUCAUCAAAUCUGCAAAAUUUAUAAAUAAAUACAUUUAAACUAGACCUUUGUUAACAUUCAUUGGAAAUAUAUGUACUCAUAAAUUAGGUGAUUCUAAUCCUAAUCGUGGUGCUGAUCUAUUUUAAGGAUAAGGUUCUAUUUGAUAUUAUUAAUUUAGAUCCCUAAUCAAGUAUUGAAUUCUUAAAUUUGGCACUUGAAUUGGUUGACUUCCUAGCUACAACAUUUCCAAAAGAUUCAAAGGGUGCACCUACUAAAUUCAAAAUCUAAUAUGAUGAAUUAGUCUAAAUGGGAGUACAUGUUUCAUUAAAAAAAUUAGGUUAAAUUCCCACCUAAAUCAAGUCUCAUUUUGCCAUUUGAUCCCAACAAGGCUUCCCAAGAACCUAUAUAAAAACCACUUAACAAUAAUAAAGAGAGAGAUGAGACCAUGCUUAAACUAAGUAACAAUCAGUUAUUACUUAAGAUUAAAGCAAAUAAAACAUUUAUCAAGAUAUUGAGAUGAUCAAUGAAACCUUGGUUAAUGAUUCUGAUAUGUCAUAUAUCAAUGAAGUAUUAGUGACUUAUAGUGAAUCUAUGAAUGUUAUAGAAAAAUAAUUUGAAAAUCUCAUUAAUAAAGCCUAACAAUAUGAUGGUGUUUUAAAUGAAGAUGAAAUAGCAGAAUUAUAUGCUUUAAAAGAUUUCGUAUUGAAAUUUUAAUAAUACUAUUAUGCUUAUCUUGAAAAGGAAUGUACUCCUGUUGCUUAUAAUUCAUUAAAAAAGAAAACCUUAGCUCAUAUUUAGAAGAUAUAAAAUAAAGAUUUUGAUUAUCCUCCUCCAUAAUAAUAAAAAUAAUCAAGAUAAUAACAAGUUUAGUAAUCCUAAUUAUAAAAUGAAGAUGAAAUGCUGAAAAGAGCAAUUGAAGAAUCUAAAAUACAAUAAUAAAAUUCUUAAAUUUAAUAAAAAUAACUUGAAGAAUAAUUAAAAUAAGAGGAAAUUAAGAGAUAAUAAGAUGAAGUAUUACGUUAAGCAAAACUUAGAGAAGAAUAAAUAAAAUAGGAAUAUUUGAGGGCUGAAGAAUAAAGAAGAGAAAAUGAAAGAAAAGAACAUGAGAGAAGGGAAAAUGAAAGAAAUGAAUAAAUUAGAUAAGAAUAAUUAAGAUUGGAAGAAAAAAGAAUGGAACAAUAAAAAUUACAAUAAUUAAAAUAAGAAUAAAAUAGAUUAGAAGCAAUAUAAUAAUAACAAUAAUAAAUGAAAUAAAAAGAAAUUGAAGAUUAUUGGAAUAAUUAAUUUCAAACUCCUAAUCCAGAUAAUUAAUAAUAUAUGACACCUACAAAAUUAGGAUCAUAUACAAUGCCUUAAUAAUAAUAAUAAUAAUAAUAAUAAUAAUAAUAGUAAUAUUAAUAAUAAUAGUAAUAAUAAUAAUAAUAUACUUAAUCAUAUAUGUAAUCAUCAUUUUAAUAAUAAAAUGGAACAAUUAAUAAUAAUUUUAUUUAUUCUACAAUUGAUUAAUAAUAACAAUAAAAAUAACCUAUUAGAUAAACUAAUGCUAACUAAUUUGAAUAAAAUUACAAUAAUUCAUAAAUACCAAAUUAAUAAUAUUUACAUGGUUAAAAUACAAGAGAAUAACUUCCAAUGAAUCAUAUUACAUCUAAUAUUAUAAAAAAAAAGGAAUUUGAUGAAAAUUUUGAUGGAUUAAGUUAAUCUACUUUAACCUAAACAUUUUUCCCUUUGAAAAUGGAUCAAUAAAUUCCUAUCAAAUAAUAUAUAGGAAAAUUUGUUAAAUAUGAUAAUUCUUAAUUUGAAUUAUUACAUACAUAUGGUUUAACAGAAUCUCAAAAGAAACGUUUCAAAAUAGCUACUAUAAAGGGUAGAGCAGCAUUAAUAAAUUCUCCCUAACUUUAAAUUGGAGUUAAAUAAGCAUUACAAUAUGUUCCUUUAAAAGAGAAAAACUAUUUAAAGCUAACCUUAUAUAUAGGAAAUAAAACUUAAUCAAAUUUUGAGAAUUGUAAAAUGUAAUUUGAAGGAGAUAAUAAAUGUAAAUAUUAUGUAUAUUUACAGAAUUUUCAAUGUGGUUAAAACCAGAUAAGAUAGUAGAUAAAAUUGAAGCAGGGUAAUAAAUAUAAUAGGAAGUGAUAGGAAUAUUUAAAUAGUAUGAAAACUAUAGAUUAGUAAAUGUAAUAUUUUCUGGUAUAUAAUUAUUAUAUAUAUAUUAAUAGCUGAAUGGGCUAACAAACAAAUAUCAUCAAAUUUCUUUUUAACAACCACAUUAAUUUCUUUUAUGGAUUUCAAAGAUAUCAGUUUAUAAGUAUUUAGGACAAAAUGGAGAUAAAAGAAAACAUCAAUUUUGAGAGGAGAAACAUUUUUACUUAAUCCUAAAAUAGUGAAAACAGGACAAUAUUUAAAAAAGUAGUUAAUUUGAUAGAAUUUAGGAUAUUUCCAAAGUUAUGUGAAUUUAACACAUAUUAAUCAUUUUAAGACCAAUCAUUUGAUUACUUUAGUGAUAGAUAAUUGAAAUAUAUUUCUUAUAAACUUUGUAACAAUUAAUUUUAAAUUAGGUGGAAUUUUUGAACUGACUAAUGUGAAUUAAAAUUACAUGAUUAAAUUUAUAGUUUUGCCAAAUAUGCAAUGUACAAUAUAAAUAAUUGGAAAUAAUGAACAUUUAUGUAAAUAAAUGUUGAAUACACUUAAUUGGAUAUUAGGUUUAGAAUGA